ACAUCUUCCCUCUUUCACCUCCUCCGCAGCAUCUCAAUCUACUUUCGAAGCUGUUCCUUAAACUCCUCGUAUACUUUCGCUACAGAGAUCUGAGGAGUUUGGGGAAACAAACCCAGCCCUACAAAUCGCGAAAUCUUAACUUUUUCGAGGUAUCAUCGUCAUCUACCAGGUGCUUGGAAAUUGAUUAGCUUUUAAUUCUUGUAGUCAUGGCUGCUGCACCUGAAGGAUCGCAAUUCGAUGCUCGCCAAUUUGAUGCUAAAAUGAAUGAAUUGCUUGGAUCUGACGGACAAGAGUUCUUCACAUCAUAUGAUGAAGUUUAUGACAGUUUUGAUGCUAUGGGGCUGCAGGAGAACCUUCUGAGGGGCAUUUAUGCAUACGGUUUUGAGAAGCCCUCAGCUAUUCAACAAAGAGGGAUCGUACCAUUCUGCAAGGGACUUGAUGUAAUCCAACAAGCACAAUCCGGAACUGGGAAGACAGCAACUUUCUGUUCUGGAAUUCUGCAGCAGCUAGAUUAUGGCUUAGUUGAAUGCCAGGCAUUAGUUCUUGCACCCACUCGGGAGCUAGCACAACAGAUUGAGAAGGUCAUGCGUGCACUUGGUGACUAUCUUGGAGUCAAGGUCCAUGCUUGUGUAGGGGGGACAAGUGUCCGUGAAGAUCAACGCAUCCUUCAAAGUGGAGUCCAUGUUGUUGUUGGUACCCCUGGUCGUGUGUUUGACAUGUUGCGGAGACAAUCACUCCGUCCUGAUCAUAUCAAGAUGUUUGUGCUGGAUGAAGCUGAUGAAAUGCUCUCACGAGGUUUCAAGGAUCAGAUCUAUGAUAUUUUCCAGUUGUUACCUUCGAAGAUUCAGGUUGGGGUUUUCUCUGCAACAAUGCCACCCGAAGCUCUUGAGAUUACGAGGAAGUUCAUGAACAAACCCGUGAGGAUUCUAGUAAAACGUGACGAGCUUACCCUUGAGGGUAUCAAGCAGUUUCAUGUCAAUGUCGACAAAGAGGAAUGGAAGCUUGAGACCCUUUGUGAUCUCUACGAAACUUUGGCAAUUACCCAAAGUGUCAUCUUUGUGAACACCAGGCGUAAGGUGGAUUGGCUAACAGACAAGAUGCGCAGUCGUGAUCACACAGUCUCUGCCACCCACGGUGAUAUGGACCAAAACACAAGAGACAUCAUCAUGCGAGAAUUCCGUUCUGGUUCUUCUCGCGUGCUCAUCACUACUGAUCUGUUGGCUCGUGGUAUUGAUGUUCAGCAGGUCUCUCUUGUGAUCAAUUAUGAUCUUCCAACACAGCCAGAGAACUAUCUUCAUCGUAUCGGACGUAGUGGACGAUUUGGGAGGAAGGGUGUUGCCAUCAAUUUUGUGACCGUGGACGACGAGAGAAUGCUGUUUGACAUCCAAAAAUUCUACAAUGUAGUUGUUGAGGAAUUGCCAGCCAAUGUUGCUGAUCUUCUUUGAUGUGUUUUUGGUUCACAACCAGGUGAAUGAUUUUGCUGGACGCCAUGUUUGUCAUGUUAUUUAUGUAUGGUCUUGUUAGGAUUGGAUUGAACUUCCCUUUUAACUUGGGGAUGGCUAAAUUUUAUUGGUAGGGUUUCUUUCUGUAUCCCAUUGUCUUUGAGAAAGAAUGCAGAGUUGUUGUAGCUUCGGUCGAAACCAUUUUGAUUUGUUUUUAAGCAUGUUUGGGGCUGUUAUGAA